AUGUCCCAGAUUCAUGAAUUCGGUGGCUCCCUUCCCGCUAUUCCAGACGAUGUGACGGUCGCACAAUUUAUGUUCGAUUGCCACCAUCCGCUGAGGCAAGAACUUGAUAAGCCGGGAGCGUGGUUGAUAGAGGACGCGACUGGGCGCGAAUUGGUCAGGGAAGAGAUUCGUGCGCGUACUGAUGCGCUGGCGAAUUCACUGAGUGCCCGCUGGCAAAUCAGAGACGAUGAUGUCGUCUGUAUCUUCAGUCCGAAUCACGUUGACUAUCCUUCCGCUAUAUGGGCAAUCCACCGCCUUGGAGCCAUUGUCACCACCGCCAACCCGUCCUAUACCGUCGACGAACUCGUAUACCAGCUGAAAAUCACGCGUGCGACGCUUCUCAUCGUCCACCCAUGGGUCUAUCCCAUCGCCCGUGCUGCCGCUCUCGACGUCGGCAUUACUCUUGAUCGCAUCAUCCUCAUUGAGAGUGGGACUCACGAUGCGGAAGCGAAGCAUCCGAACGUGCAAGAGCUCAUUGAAGAGGGCGCGGGACGGCCAAAGAGCUUCGUCGAAUGCAAGCUGAAGCCAGGGGAAGCGAAGACCAAGUUGGCGUUCCUGAGCAUGUCCAGCGGAACGACUGGACUACCGAAGGCAAAUGAGACCGCUGUCAUGGCCACUCACUACGCGCUUGUCGCGAAUGUUAUCCAAACCGCGGCGUUCUUUUCCAGCGAUGCACGUCCGCUCACUCAGCAGCCGGUGCGUCCUGGGUUUGUGACGUUAGCAGUGCUGCCCUUCUUUCAUGCGUAUGGGCUCGUGUAUAUCAUGCACUCUCUGAUCUUCUACGGGCUCACGCUGGUGGUGGUUCCCAAAUUCGACUUUACCGGCAUGCUAAGGAGCAUCGAGCAGUACCGAAUUAAUUAUAUCUGUGCCGUUCCUCCUAUGGUUGCCCUAUUGUGCAAGCACCCAGACGUUGAGAAGUAUGACCUAAGUUCUGUGAACACAGUGGCCUCUGGUGCCGCACCGUUGACCGCCGAACUCACGAACCGAUUGACUGCACGCCUGCCCCACGUGCUAGUCGGCCAGGGUUACGGCAUAACAGAAGCCUUUGUGCUUGUCUCGAUGUCCAGGACGGACGACAGCGAGACCCCUGGCGCGUCGGGGAUGCUCGCUCCGGGCAUCGUCGCGCGCGUGCUAAAGGAAGACGGGAGCCUUGCGCAGCGUGGUGAGCCUGGGCAACUGAUCAUCUCCAGUCCCGCAUUGGCGCUUGGGUAUCUCGGGAACGCCCAAGCGGAUGGUUGGCUCUACACAGGAGACGAGGUCAUCAUCAACGAAAAAGCGGAGGUAAUUAUCAUUGACCGGAUCAAAGAACUACUGAAAGUCAAAGGAUUCCAAGUGGCGCCCGCCGAGCUCGAGGGCUUCCUCCUUGACCACCCCGACGUGGCAGACGCCUGUGUAGUCAGUAUUCAAGACGAGUACAACGGUGACCUCCCGCUUGCCUACGUCGUUCCCAGCGCAAGUGCCCAAGCACGAAUCGAGAAAGAUUCUGCGGAAGCGGGCCGGAUCAAGAUGACACUGAUUAAAUAUGUCGCGGAGGGGAAAGCGCACUACAAGCAGCUGACGGCGGGUGUCGAGCUGGUUGACGUCAUUCCGAAGAACCCCAGCGGGAAGCUCUUGCGUCGGGUCCUGCGCGAUCGCGCGAGGGAGGCGGCGAAGCAGGGGAAGCUUUCCUUGAUACCUAAGCCCAGGCUGUAA